CCGCCGGGGAGCGGGGGCAGCACGUUGGGAUGCGCGCUACUUAAGGUCCAGCUGCGUGAGCCAUUGACGUGUUUGGAGCUGGAGACGGCCUGGGCGCUGGUGAGGCGGCCGCCCGAGAUUAAUCUCGAUUAAUCGCCUGGACAUCCUGGUCUCUUUACUAGUAAGAAAACUGUUAGGAUGCCCAUGGUAGCACGGAGGCUGAGAGAUCCUGACAUAAACCCUUGCUUGUUGGAAUCUGAUGCUUCUACCAGAUGUAUGGAUGAAAAUAACUAUGACAGGGAAAGGUGUUCCACUUACUUCUUGAAGUACAAAAACUGCCGGAAAUUUUGGAAUUCUGUCAUGGUCCAGAGAAGACAGAAAGGAGUGAAGCCAUCUAUGCCUACAGCAGCAGAAAGAGACGAGAUCUUGGGGGCAAUGGGAAAGAUGCCUUACUGACUGCAUUAAAAUUUUUAAUUUAGAAGCAGAUGAAUAUUUUAAACAAAUGAUUACUGUAAUCUUUUAACACUUUCUAGGCCUUACCCAGACAGAUCUUAAAUUCUCUAAAGAGAGAUUAGGUUAGCCCUGUGUCCUCUGUGUUUGCUCUCAGUGCCAUGACGAUUGUCUGGCAUGGCUGGCUGUGCCAUGCUGCUGAGUUCACAUUACUUCCUGAAGGUAGGGAGCAUUAGAAAAGGUCUGGACACAAGGAGGGGAGCUUUUUUGCUGGGUAAUGAACGAAGGUAAUGAACACUGGCCAUGAAAGGAAGGUGGUGUUCCCAAGGAUGGGAAAUGAUGCCAGCAACAACAUAGUGGAAAGGAAGCUCAAGAUAACUUUGGAGACCGGUCUGUAGACUGUCUUACCUAGAGUUUAAGGUGGUCGAUGGAAUGGCAGAACAGAAACUGGGAAGGUAAGUUGAGAGUGGAUGUGUGGUGGCCCUCAAAUCUCAGGCUCGGUACAAAGUAAGACCUCUAACCUCACUCCCUUAUCUUUGUUUAUAUAAGGUUAGCACGCUGACUGGGUAGGGAAGCAGGGAUGCAGGAGGAUUAUCUUAAAUAAAUGGCAUGCAAAAGAACUGGUUUUCUUUUCUUUUUUUUUUUUUUUUUAGGCAAAGGCUUAGUUAAAGGAUUCUGUGACUAAAAUCCAUAUAUAUUGGAUAACCUGAAAGCAUGGUCUUCCUGCAGCACAGUAAUGGAAAAAAAGGGCGAUUCUCUUAGAAAUGGGGAUUUCUAUUCGCUGGAAGAGAUGGGCAAGGAAGGGUAUGGGGGUUCAUAGGUGAUACACUGGGAUGAGACUGGAGCUUCAAUUCAUUUUAUGCUAUAAACAAGAAUAUUCAGUAUAGUGACUGAGGUGGGUUGUGUGGCAGCUCUCAUAGCCACUACCUUUUAACGCAGUUUAUCAUAUACUGAACAGUUUUAUAACAUUAUUUAAUAAAGUUUAACAUUUACUAAAAAAUCAACGAAAGAAAUAGCCUGUGUCCCUUCUGUUUUUCUGGUGCUGGAUCAAGUGUAUUAUUUUAAAGGCUGCUGACAACAAACUAUCUAUCUCGUUGGUCUUUGUCCAAAACCCGGGUCAGAUGUUUUUAAGCCAUAUGACCCUGAUUGUUAAAUGUGAUUCUAUUUGAAUAAAAGAUGGAUUGUUUGAGAAA